CCGAAUGGGGAUAAUGCGUUGGAGCCGUUGCGAGGAAGCACCAAAAAUCCUCUAAACCCCAAUCCUUCUUUCAUACUCAGAACCUCCGAGAGAGAAGCGAUGGCGGCUAUUUCAGCUUCUUCUACCUUACAUUCGUUCUGCAGACCGACAAACCAUCAUCUUUCGUCGACUCGCCUUCUUCCUUUGUCCAAAACCCCCAGCUUCCGGAUCAGAACCACCGUGGAUUUCAAAACCUGCAGUAUCGAUGGGUUUCAAAAACAGAACCGCCGUGGGAUGAGGAAGAUGAGGUCGACUGAAGGAGGAGGAGAAGAAGGUGUUGCAGUUGCGGAGGAAGAACAACAGCCGCAGCAGCUGCAAGAUACUGUCUCUGUCCCUGUCUCACCUUCGGACACGCUCACCAUGUUUUUCCAGGCUGACGGAACUUUGAACGAGACCGCCAUUCCUAAGGUGACGAAGGCCUUAGAGGAUAUUGAAGGAGUUUCUAACUUGAAGGUCCGAGUGACUGAGGGUAUUGCCACUGUUGAGCUGAUGAAGCAGACAACAGUUCAGGCGACGGGGGUGGCAUCGAGCUUGGUGGAGCUCAUACAAGGGGUAGGCUUCAAGUUACAGACAUUGAAUCUGAGUUUCGAAGACGAAGAUGAGGUUCUUGUCUGAAACACCAAUAGAUUAGGGCCGCAUUUUUCCGAUUUUUGUUUAAGCUUUGUUCUUUGCUACACGCACGUCACAACUGGUGUGCAAACUCCAUUCAAACGAGUACAAAAUUACUCAUGUGAUUUGAACAUUUAUGUUGCAGAGUUUGAUAACUUUUAUUAA